AGCGGCGGCCAGCAGGAACUCGCGUCCUGCCGCAGUCUCUCGGUAGCUAGUCUGAGCGAGCGCAAGGGAGGAGAACCCCGCUCGGCCACCACACUUGCAGCCGCGGUGAUUCCCACCCGCGAUCGCGGCCCCUGGCUCUCAAACGCCUCCCGCAGCCAGGGUGGAUCAGCGUGGGAGGGCUUCCCGGUCUCCGGGGCCGGACUGCGAACUUGGAGAGGACCGCGGCUCUUUUUCCCCACGGCCUGGAGAGUGAACAGGAUUGUGGACCCUUUCGUGUUUGGCGAUGGCACAGUGAACCUAAAGGCUGCCUGCCACCAAAGCUGUCUGCUCACAUCCGAAGUCUGAACAGGAAAUCCUGUCCCCACCAAUCAUGGCUAAGAGUGCGGAGGUCAAACUGGCCAUAUUCGGGAGAGCAGGAGUGGGGAAGUCAGCUAUUGUAGUGAGAUUUCUGACCAAACGAUUCAUCUGGGAAUAUGAUCCGACCCUCGAGUCAACCUACCGACACCAGGCAACCAUUGAUGAUGAAGUUGUUUCUAUGGAGAUCCUAGAUACCGCUGGCCAGGAAGACACCAUCCAAAGGGAAGGGCAUAUGCGCUGGGGGGAAGGCUUCGUGCUGGUCUACGAUAUCACCGAUCGAGGGAGCUUCGAAGAAGUGCUGCCGCUGAAGAACGUCUUAGAUGAAGUCAAAAAGCCCAAAAAUGUAACUCUCAUCUUGGUCGGAAACAAAGCCGACUUGGACCACUCCAGACAAGUGAGUACGGAAGAAGGGGAGAAGCUGGCUACAGAAUUGGCUUGUGCCUUUUACGAAUGUUCUGCCUGCACCGGAGAAGGGAACAUCACCGAGGUAUUCUAUGAGCUCUGUCGAGAGGUGCGUCGCAGAAGGAUGGUCCAAGGCAAGACACGGCGACGCAGCUCCACCACACACGUCAAGCAAGCGAUUAACAAGAUGCUCACCAAAAUCAGUAGUUAGAGGCCCUGCCAAAAUGUGCUUAAAAUGGAAAA